AUGGCGCCUAACAGCUAUCCAGCUAGCUCCCGUGCCACCCUGCAGCUCAUCUUCGAGACCACCUCCGACCGCAGCUCCCAUACUAUCCCAGGAAAAGAUGACAGUCAGCGCGACGCGAGGGACACUGUCGAUACCAACAACUCAACUCCCCGCCGCCCGCCUCGCCGACCCCGACCACCCUGGGAAUACAUCCCCCCUCGAAAGGAUCACGCGACCACGGAGGAACUAUACCGUCUGACGAUGGCCGACGUCCCGACGUCCCCGCGCCCCGAGGCCGAACAGCCCGCCCAGGCGCCUUUGUCUUCGUCCUUCUCACAAGGCCAGAAGGCCGCCCUUGCCGGCUCACCAUCCGACAACAAGCUUGGCACCGAUACAACAACGGCCAUCAUCCCCACGUUGGAAGCAGAUGACGCAGCUGAGAACGAGGCCGUCGACGAAGCCCUUCUGCCCAAGCUCGAUCCCGCCGGUUUCUUUACCCUCGUCUCCAACUCCACGGCCAACACCACUCAUCACCCGACCGUCAAGUACAUCUUCCUAGACGAUGACCCGGAUACCCUCACAACCGCCCUCGCAGCACAUCACUCCUCGAACCAAAUCUCGACCCCCUCGGCCUCGACCUCCAAAUCCGGGCCCGGGAAGAACCCGAACCCGAACCCGAACCGAGCCGUCCUCCUCGAUGUCGUUCCAGGUGAAGACGGCCAAUGGAAGGUUUCCUCCGUCGCUAGCCUUAGCGCAGACUUUGCCGUGACCGACGCCAGCAUAUCUCGUCAGGAGGGCGAGAAGGAGGGCGGACUGGUGCUCAAGAUUGAGGGCGUCGAAAGCGAGGGCGCAACAAUGAUGGCUGACAAGGAGAAGGAUCGUGCCGAGAGCUUGCCCAGCUCUAACAGCGGCGUAGCCAAGUCUGGGAGCGAGGAGUACGGACCGCUGCUCGAGGAUUUCGAGCGCAAGAUGAGCGUCCUUCGGCGGGUCGUCAAGGCUGGCGAAGGUCGCGCUGAGAAGGCGCGUGAGACAAGGCCUUCCGAUGCUGAGGUUGAACCGGCCGAGGAGUGA